AUGGACGCCGACGAGCGGCGCUACGCGACCCACGGCCGCGAUGCCGGCGAUAACUGCCGCUGGGCUAGGGCACGGUGGGGAACGGGCGGAUACUCCGCGUCUGCCCACCGCGCCGAUGUUCCCGGUCGCUACGGCGCCGACUACGGCCGUCCGCCGCAGAAACGACCACUCGGCUCCGGCGAUCUCCCCAAGCACGUCCAUUUCGUCUCCGCGACCGGCUCUGCGGCCGUUCCGUCCGGAGAUUCUCGUAAUCCCGCAUCGUCGUCGUCUUGGGAUCCGGCUCGGCAGGCCACGUCGCCGGCGCCGGCGCCCGGGAGCCUGGCGUCCAACACGGUGGUGGCGAAGAUGAUGAAGCGCAUGAACUACAAGGAAGGCACGGGCCUCGGCAGGCACGGCCAGGGGAUCGUCGCUCCCAUCGAAGUGAUCCCGCGGCCCAAGAACGCUGGCCUCGGCACCGCCGAGGGAUCCAUCACCGGCUGGGCGGACGACGAGCCGCCUCCCAGCGCGGAGAACUGGCCCAAGUGGGACGAAGCCGGAGGAGCAAAGAAGCGGAAGCGCGAUCUGGUGUUCGACGUGAAGAUCCUCGCCACACCGCCGGAGGAGAGGGCCGCCGAGGCCGUCGCGUGGGUGCACAAGGCACUCGCCCGGGCGUCUCGGUGGUCGAGCGGCGGCCAGGGGGAACCAUGCUACGGGGAGGAGGCGGCGGCGGCGGCGAUCAGCAAGGCCAUCGCGCGGGUGCAGGAGGCGAGCGCGUCAGGGGCGCUCACGACGGGCGAGCUGAUCCGCGAGUUCACGGCCUUGAAGGAGCAGUGCCCCCGGGAGUACACGACGUACCGCCUCGCGGACGCGGCGCGCGCGAUCGCGGCGCCGCUACUGCGGCGCGCGGUGUUCCGGCAGUGGGAGCCGCUCAGUGACCCGUCGCGCGGGCAGGAGGCGGUGCUCGAGCUCAAGGGCACGCUGCUAGACGACGGGUCGGCCGCGUCGCCGUACGCCGCGCUGGUCGACGACGUUGUUGUGGGGCCCGCGCUGGCGUCGGCGGCCGAGACGUGGGAUGCCAGGGACCCGGAGCCGAUGGUCCGGUUCCUGGAGACGUGGGGGGACGCGCUGCCGCUGCCUGCCAUCCAGCGCGUCCUCGAGCAGGUGGUCAUGCCGAAGCUGUCGGCCGCCGUGGAGUCCUGGGAGCCCCUGUGGGAGCCCGUGCCGUGCCACGUCUGGGUGCGCCCGUGGAUCCCGCUCCUCGGGCGCUGGCUCGAGCCGCUGUACGCGACGGUGAGGGGCAAGCUCGGGAGGGAGCUGCAGGGGUGGCACGCGGCCCGGGCCUCGGCCGCCCGCGACAUGGUGCUGCCGUGGAAGGACGCGUUCGGGCCGGCGGCGUGGGGGGAGUUCGUCGGCGGCCACGUCGUGCCGUACCUGAGACGGGGCCUGCGGGCGGUGCGCGUCACGCCGCCGGAGCAGGACGACGGCGGGUUCCGUGGGAUGAUGAGGUGGGCGCCGUCCGUGGUGUCGGCGUCGGACAUGGCGCGGCUCCUGGAGGAGGAGGAGUUCUUCGGCAAGUGGCAAGACGCGCUGUGCCGGUGGCUGUGGGCAGCGAGACCCACCGUGGCGGAGGCCAUGGCGUGGCACGAAGGGUGGAAGCGGUUCUUGACGCCGGAGCUGCUCGCCGACGAGCGCGUGCGUGUGCCCAUCGAGGCCGGCCUCGAAAAGAUUAGCCGCGCAGCGCAAGGAUACAAGCUCAAUGUCUUCAGGUUCUCCAGCAUGGAAUGA